AUGGCGUCGUGUCCUCAUACAGAGUCGAUACGAGCUCCGCGCCCAAACGAAUCAGUCUACCGCGAAGACUGCACCCUCUGCUUCGACAGCAUCGACGACCCCGCUGGUCUCGAUGUUUGCCUUCACUGCUUCAACGGCGGUUGUGCUGGUGAGCGACAACACUCCGCCUUGCAUGCCAAGCAAUUCGAUCAUCCUAUCGCAGUCAACAUACAACGAACCCGCAAGCGAAAGCUACGAGACGACAAUGAGCCACCAGAGAAGAUCAGCAAGCUAGAGAUCAAGGCUGAGACGGAAGAAGAUCGCUAUGAUACCAAGACUGAAGUGAAGUGCUUCCAGUGCAAUGUCAGCGAUCUUGUCAAGGACGGCAAAGUUGGCGAGGUGGUUCAGAGCGUGUUGAAGGCCAAUACCUUCUCCCAGCAAGAAGAGGUCAAGGCGUGGGAGCUGGAGCUACAGCCUUGCCAACACACUUACUUGCUAGACCAGGAACCUUCUCGGCAGAUUCCGAGUGGAGAUCUUGGUCACUGCAACAAGUGUGAUCUCAAAGAGAACCUGUGGUUAUGCCUGACGUGUGGCAAUCUGGGUUGCGGAAGAAAGCAGUACGGCGGCGCUGGACCUGCUGGAAAUGGUCAUCAGCUCGAGCACGCAACAGAAACCAAGCACCCUGUAGCAGUCAAGCUAGGCAGUCUCACUGCGGAAGGCAACGCCGACAUCUACUGCUAUGCUUGCGACGACGAGAAGCAAGAUCCCAAGCUACCAGAACACUUGCUUCACUGGGGCAUCAACAUCAAGGACAGAGUGAAGACGGAGAAGAGCUUGAUUGAGGCACAACUAGAACACAACCUGAGCUACGACUUCUCCAUGACAGAUGCAGAGGGCAGACAACUGAAGCCACUAUUUGGUGCUGGCCUAACAGGCUUGAAGAAUCUGGGCAACAGCUGCUACCUCGCUUCGGUCUUGCAGGCACUCUUCGCAAAUCCAGAAUUCGAGAAGAGAUAUUACAGGCCUGCCGAGGACUUGCCCAAGAUUACAAACCCAGCCGAAGACAUCGAAGUUCAGUUGCGGAAGCUGGCAGAUGGACUGCUCUCUGGCAGGUACAGCAAGCCAGAUUCCGACAUUGCUCCCUCCGACGACCCCGACCAGAAGCCGCACCAGAAGGGCAUAGCACCAGCCAUGCUGAAGGAUCUCAUUGGUAAAGGUCACGCCGAGUUCAGCACCAUGCGACAGCAAGAUUCAUUCGAGCUCCUGCUUCACAUCCUCAAGCUCAUCUCAAGAUCUCAAGCUUCUGCUCAGGGCGAUUACAAGGACGUGUCAGAUCCCGUCGACUCCUUCCGCUUCUACAUGGAACAGAAGCUGCAGUGCUUACAGUGCAAGAAAGUCCGAUACCGACAAGACGAGAUGGAGAACAUUUCCGUUGCCGUGCCGAUCAAGAAACUGCCGAAAUCGGAGGACACCGCCAUGAGCAAUGGUGCUGCUCAGGAUGGCAAAACAGAAGAUGAAAAAGAGCAAUUCGAGGCCGUCACUCUCAAGCAGUGCCUGGAUGACUUUACCGCUGCUGAGAUCGUUGAGUUGACGUGCUCAGGCUGUGGUAAUAAGGGCUUCUCCAAGCAAUCCUUGUUCAAGACCUUCCCAACAGUGUUAGCAGUCAACGCCCGUCGCUUCGAGCUCGUCAACUGGGUACCCACAAAACAAGAUGUUCCAGUCAUCGUUGGUGACGAAGUAUUCGAUAUGGAGGCCUAUCGCAGCAAGGGCAAGCAGGCGGACGAAGAGGAGCUACCCGAAGAACAAGAUGCUGCUGGUGGAGCGAGCAAUAAAUUCGUGCCGAAUGAGAUGGCAUUAGAGAUGCUGAUGGGCAUGGGCUUUCCACGUGUGCGUUGCGAGAAAGCACUCAAAGCUACCGGAAACUCAGAUGCGGAGGUCGCUACUGGCUGGCUCUUUGAACACAUGGAAGAUCCCGACAUUGACGUACCACUUGAGGAGCCUGCCGCUGCUGGAGGAAGUUCUGCCGUGGAUCCUGACAUGAUCGAGACCCUUGGCGGAAUGGGCUUCUCUGCUCCUCAGGCUCGGCAAGCUUUGAAGGAGACCGGCGGCGACAUGGAGCGCGCCGUUGACUGGCUCUUCUCACAUCCGGAGGCGACUGGCGACUUUGGCGAAGAUGAGUCGGCAACGAACGGCGCUGCCACUGAUACCAAGGUCAUCGAGGACAACAAGCCUGCACUGUUCUCCCUGAAGAGUAUCGUCUGCCACAAGGGUAGCAGCAUUCAUGCGGGUCAUUACGUGGCGUUCAUCAAGAAGAAGGAGGGCUGGGUUCUUUUCAACGAUGAGAAGGUUUGUUUGGGAGGUGAUGUCGAUGAGAUGAAAAAGUUUGCCUACAUCUACUUCUUCCGCCGCGAGGCAUAG